AUGACGACCACAUCGACACAGGCAGAGACCGUGAUGGAGCUCAAACAGCGCUCCAAGGGCGAGGCCCAAGAUGAUGAUGCUGCCGGCCUGGUGGCCGAGCAGGUCUUUCCCGACAUCAACACCAUCCGCAACGCCAUCCCGGCGCACUGCUUCCAGCCGCCGGUCUGGCGCUCGCUCGCCUAUGUGGUCCGGGACCUGUCUCUGAUCCUGCCGCUCGGCUAUCUGGCCCUGACCUACAUCCCCUCGGUGCCCAACGUCUGGGCUCGGGCGGCCGCCUGGAUUGUCUACGGCUACGUCCAGGGCCUCUUCUGCACCGGCCUCUGGAUCCUUGCGCACGAGUGUGGCCACGGCGCCUUUAGCCUGAACCAGCGCCUCAACGACACUGUCGGCUGGGCCGCCCACUCCUUCCUCUUCGUGCCCUACUUCAGCUGGAAGUUCUCGCAUCACCGCCACCACCGCUUCACCGGCCACAUGACCAAGGACAUGGCCUUUGUGCCGCGCACCAAGGACGAGCACUACGCUACCCGCGCCUCCUCCUUCUGGCUCGAUCCCGACAUGCUCGAGGACCUGCCGGCCUACCAGCUCUUCGUCCUGGUCCUGCACCAGCUCGGCGGCUGGCAGGCUUACCUCUUCUUCAACGCUAGCUCCGGCAAGGAGAGCCUGCAGCGCAAGGAGACCAGCUGGUUCCGCGUCAGCCACUUUGAGCCCACCAGUGCCGUCUUCCGUCCCAGCGAGCGGCCCUUUAUCGCUCUCUCCGUCCUCGGCCUUUCCAUUGUCGGCUACGUCCUGCACCUUGCCUCCGCCGUCUACGGCUGGAAGACCAUCUUCCUGCUGUACUGGGUGCCGUAUCUCUGGGUCCACCACUGGCUAGUUGCCAUCACGUACCUCCACCACACCCACCCCGACGUUCAUCACUACGACCCUGACAGCUGGACCUUUGUCAAGGGCGCCUUGGCCACUGUGGACCGUGACUUUGGCUUCAUUGACCGCCGCAUCUUCCACGGCAUCAUUGGCACCCACGUUGUCCACCAUCUGUUCCCUCGCAUUCCCUUCUACUAUGCCGAGGAGGCCACUGAGGCCAUCAAGCCUGUCGUCGGAGACCACUACUGCCGGCAGGAAGGCUCUUUUGUCGGCUCGCUGUGGUCGACCUUCACGACGUGCAAGUACGUCGAGAGCGACCCUGAUGUGCCAGGUGCUAUGCGAUGGGGUAAGGGCCGUCGGUAG